GACCCCACCGCUCAUAGGCGCAAGAGAAAGAGAGAGGGGAAGGGUCAGACACACACGCAGACCAGUAGCCCCACGACCACCACCACCACCCCCGCCGCAGCGGCAACAAACUGCUGCUGCCGAACCAACCGGGGGGAUGGAGAGGGACGCCACUGCCUUCUGCCCGCCGCCGCAGCCCGCGCCGGCUGCCCCGGUUUCGGUGCCGCCCGCGACGGUGCUGGGCGCCGGUGGUGGAGCGGUUGCGGCGGCGGCAGGGCACGGCCGAGGCGGCGGCGGAGGUGGAGGAGGAGGAGGAGGAGGGAGGCAGUAUCGCGGCGUUCGGAUGCGCAAGUGGGGCAAGUGGGUGGCGGAGAUCCGCGAGCCGAACAAGCGGUCGCGGAUCUGGCUGGGUUCCUACUCCACCGCCGUCGCCGCCGCGCGCGCCUACGACACGGCCGUGUUCUACCUCCGCGGCCGCUCCGCGCGGCUCAACUUCCCCGACCAGCUCGACGGCGCGGCGGUGGCCGAUAACCCCGAGGGCCACAGGGACGGCGGCGCGGGGGCGGGGCUCACGGCCGCCGCCAUCCGCAAGAAGGCGGCCGAGGUCGGCGCCCGCGUCGACGCGCUCCACUGCGGCGUUGGCGUUGGCCUCGCUGGCGGCGGUGCUGCCUCUCCGCAGCCGCUGUCGUCCCACCAUCGCCGCCGCCCCAAGAACCCCGACCUCAACCGGGAGCCCACCCCGGACACCUCAGACGACGAGUGAUUUCGUCGUCGUUCUUCUUCUCCCUCAUCCAUCUACUACUCUCCUAGUCCUUAGGCAAAACUACUCACCUAAGGGGUAGCUAGCUAGCUAGCUAGACAGCAGUAGCAAGUAAAGCAGGCAACCAGAUGGCGCCAGGGACGCAGCGCAAGGUGUUCGGUGGAAUGCGGAUGAGCUCGGAGGUGGCCAAUAAUGGAGCCGCGACGUCGACGUCAGGGCCGGAAACCGUAGUAAGUAGUAGGAGGAGCCUAGCGUGCUAGCCGUGCCGUUUGCCCGGAGUCGACGUCGACGGACGGCGACGGCGACGGCGACGGCUCUAGCACACCAGUAGCAGGAGACAGACGGGUGCGUGCGUGCGUGUCAGUGUAUGCGGGCAUGUAGCUAUGCAAGACGGCUAUGUACCUCUCCCCUUCACAUAAAGACGUGUGUAAAGAAAAAAAAAAAGAUACUCCCGGCAAGCAAGAUGGGCAACAGCUUCGUCAAUCUUUUCCUUGUUUGUGAUUGAUGAUUCCGAUUUGAAUUUCGAAGGCAACUGGUGUUGUGAUCAA